UCGACCUCAUUUUUCUCCGAAUUGAGCGCCUGCUUAUGGUCCAACAGAACCAGAAAAACAUUUCAUAAGUAGAGCAUCAUUAUAUCUACUACGCGAUUGGCAAUGGGGACAUCACGUUUGAAUUUCCGAGGCGCACUGCUCUUAUUAGGUCUUGCUUUCGCAGCCAGUGUCGCAGCUAGGGAUAAAUCCGAACUCGCGUCGCGUGCCUCCUUGAGCUUGGAUGAGCUGGGCGAAAAGCUUCAGACCUGUUCAGUCGUGCAGGACCUUAACGCCGAGAAGCUCCAAAGCGCUUCGGAAACGUCGACCUUGACCUCACAGAUCUUCGCUGUCCUAUUCCCCGGUAGCCCCGCCGUCAACGCCCUUCUUGCGACACUCUACAUAUCGGGACCGCCCAACUUUCUCUUAGCAUUAUGUCCGCCCAAUAUCGAUCCCUCGUCGCUCUCGGUCAUGGUCGCAUUUGCUGUAGGAGGGUUACUUGGCGACACGCUCUUCCAUCUAUUACCGGAGAUCUUUCUCGGAGAAGAUAGCCCCGAACAUGUCCGGUUCGUGCUUGUCGAGCCCAAUCGUAACCUACUCCUAGGUGUUGCUAUCAUGAUCGGUUUUAUGACGUUUGUGGCUAUGGAUAAGGGUUUACGAAUAGCGACGGGCGGCGAAGGGCAUGAACAUAAUCACGGAAACCAUUCUCACGAUGCACCGACGCAGGCCAAAGCUACUUCCAGCUCCGUAGAAGUCUCGAAUGGGGAAGUUUCAAAGCGCAAGAAGGGUGGUAAAAGCACCGUCGAAGUCCCCAAACAAGACGUUGAAAAGGAGAUCAGCGCUAGCGUCAAACUAGGAGGCUAUCUCAAUCUGAUUGCCGAUUUCACGCAUAAUAUCACAGAUGGGCUUGCUAUGUCGGCCUCAUUCUAUGCAUCACCUACCAUUGGUGCCACGACCACCGUAGCCGUUUUCUUCCAUGAAAUUCCUCAUGAAGUUGGCGAUUUUGCUUUGCUCGUGCAGUCUGGUUUCUCGAAAAAGGCUGCGAUGGGCGCCCAAUUUGUCACAGCCCUUGGUGCUCUCCUAGGAACGCUCAUCGGCAUUGCUGUGCAAGAGUUUGGUGGCAGUAGCAGCGUCGACGGCAAGGGAAUUGGCAUGACUGAUGGUAUAUGGGGGACUAGUCUAACGUACGGUGACUUGUUGUUGCCUUUCACCGCCGGAACGUUCCUGUAUGUGGGAACUGUAGCCGUUAUCCCAGAGCUGUUAGAGACCGGCCCUAACAAGGCUCUAGAGCUUCGAAAGAUGCUUGUACAGUUUGCGGCUAUCGCAUUGGGUGCUGGGAUUAUGCUUUAUAUCUCUUGGGAUUAAUCCAUCAUAUUUGGGGGCAUAGAUCGGUUGGUCAUAGAAGGGCGUGGCAUCUCACAUUAGACGCGUAAGCUAGAUGGACUUAUAGAAUACACAGGCAUACUAUGAGAGUCAGAUGUCAAGGAAGAAGGAGUACUACGCUUUACCUCUAGUUAUCGUCAGUCAUAGCCCCGCUAUAUGUAUGGGAUAAGUCUGUCUUUUCGCUUCAGACUUCCGUUCACAUGCGGAAUGUCACUUUCUGGUCACCUACGGUAGCCGUUGGAAGCCGUACAUAGUGUAGUGGAGACGUACCCAUUGUUUAAAAAAUGGUAACAUUAAACACGAAAUGCCAAGAAGAUCUGGCAUUGCAA